AUGAGAAAAAUCGCUAAUACCCACUUUUUGCUGCCAAGUCUCCUAAUUCCUUUAUUUUUACUAGUUAUUUUGCGGUUUAUUAUUCCGAUGCCUAGAAUAUUUUUAUCUCUUUCAGAAGUUCCUUAUCAUAAAGAUAAUCCAAGAUACGAUUAUGCAGCAAUUGACUCAGGUGGGAAAAUUCUUGAUAAAUCAUCAAUGAUCAACAACGCUAACUCCACCUUUUAAAUUGAAAGUAAUUAUAGGUAAAAUUUCAAUUUUCAGCUAAAUUAGCCACCUUUAAAUUGAAACGAAUAUUUAAUUUUUUAUAGGUAAAAAUAAUAAUUUAUAUCUAAAUAGAUUUGAUGCAUAAUUUGAUGCUGUUAAAUCAAAAAUUUACCUAUAUCUUGUUUUAUUUUAAAUGGAAAAAUCUAAAAAGAAUACUAUUUUAUUAAAAUUAGCAUUUUAAACUAUAAUUCAAGAAAAAUAUAAUUUUUUUCCACAUUAAAUAGAGAGAGCAAAAGGGAUUCUUUAUAGCGAUCAAGAUAAAUAUAUGGUUGUUCCUUGUUAUAUUCCUGAGAAAUGAAUAGAAAUCAGCUUAAAUGAAGAUAUAAAUAUAGAAGAAUUUCAAAUAAAGCAGGGAGAAAUUUAUUCAUCAUCAUUUAAAGAAAUACAGUUAUGAGGGUCAAUUGAAUAUCCUUCCCACGAAUGAAUGCUUAUCGGAAAUUUUAUACUUGAAGAAAGUAAACCUAUACAAAGAUUUAAAGUAAACCCAAAAUGAGUGAGAUUUUUGAAGGUUUAUUUUAUUGACUAUUAUGGAGACGAGUACUAUUGCUCAAUUACGCAGUUUUCAGUAUACGGCUGGCCAAGCAUAAAACCCCCUCCUCUAGAAAUAAAUUAUUUUAGCAGGUUAAAUCUCUGCCAAAAUACAUUAAUUUCUGGGUAAGAGUGAAUAUUUUUUAUAUUUGUUAUUACCAAGACUAGCAAGUUUUUGUUUUUAAAAGGGGUGUGGGAAGGGAGAGUUUUCAUGGUUGACGAUAUGGCACUAAUAUGCUGAGGACUUUUAAUGAUGAUUUUAAAGCAAAAAUUGAAGAAACACAAAAUAAUGAAAAAAUUUUUGAGCACAUUUCCCCUUAUAUGAAAACAAUUGAAAAAAUAAAGAAACUAAAGGAAAAAAAGAAUAAAAUUAUAGCAAAGAGCUAUGGAGAUGACAAUUUUUAUGAUUGGAACAGCAGUGAAGACUAUUGUAUUUAUGAUACUAAUUGGAAUUUUUCAAAUAAGAAUUUUGAUUAUAGUUUGAAUAGUUCAUUACAAAAUCCGAGCAAUUUUGGCUUAAAUUUUAUAACAAAAAAUAUGGUGGGGGUCGAAAUAAGGCUUCAAGAGCUUGAACUAUUUAAAGAAUUAUUUGCAGAGCUAGCAGAUGAAAACCAAAAUGCAUUUGAAAAAAUUGAUAAAAAUUUAGAUGUGCUAAAAAAUGAUUACGAUCAUAUCAUUUUAGAUUUGUUAUUAUCUUAUGAAUAUAAUCGACAAAUUUUAAUGAAAAAUUCUUAUCCGUGAUAUUAUCUGAUUAUAAAGCUUGGGCAGCUAUUCAAAUUAGAUAAUAUAUAUGAGGUCAAAGAUCGAGAAUAUUUUUUGAAACUAUUUCAAUUUGAAAUAGAAAAAUUACCUCUUUAAAUAGGAAAAAAAAAAUUAAUUUAAAGUGAUUAAUUUUUAUUUUGAAAAAGAUUAUUGAAAAAUUUUUAUAAAAUAAAAAUAAAUUUUAAUUUAUCUUUAUGAAGAAAUGACUCAUAAAAUUAUUCGAUUAAAGUGGGAAAUGUUUAAAUAGAUUCUGUUUUGCUCUCUCCAUUAAAUUUAUCAAAAUAUUAAUAUAGAAAUUAAAAUUUUUACCUAUAGCUAGAGCCAAAAAGGGCUAAUUUAACCAAAAAUGAAAAUUUGACGAUAUUUUGUUUAAAGGGGGUAAGGAAAACAAUCAAAAAAAUUGAAGGCAAGAAUAAAGAAAAAGAAUUGAGCUUAGGGUCAUUGAAAUUCUAUAUGAUAUUUUUUUUCAUAUUCAACAUAAUCAUCGCAGCAACAUUUUUCUGUAAAUGAUUAUCGAGUUUUAGAAACACAAAUAAAAUAAAAGUCAAGGAAUUUUAA